AUGACGUCAACAACAAACAGAACUCAAAAUCAACAAUUACCAGCUACUGAAACAAGACACAGGCGCCGUAGACACGCAGAAGUUCCACAUCGUGUCACGUAUAGAAACGCCAUUACCAUAGAACAAGACGAAUUGGAGACACUUUGCACCCGACCAAACUAUUGUGGGACAUUGACUGAAUUAUGUCCUUUUUGUGGAGCCUUAUUUUUUACAAGAGAAAAAACGACCAGAGAUAACGAAUAUACUGGCUGCUGCAAUAGAGGAGCUUUUACAAUACCAGCUCUGAGUGCAUGUCCUCCCACGUUAAAAGAUUUAUACGUAGGAGAUGGUCCUUUGGCUUCUCAAUUCAGAUCCCAAAUAAGACUGAUCAAUAGUCUAUUUGCAGUGGCAUCCUUUAAAACAUCGAGACCGAUACCAGAGAGAAGGGGACAGGGUCAUUGGUGUUUCACCAUAUGCGGUCAAAUAUACCAUUUCAUAAGCGGUAUACCCAAUUCACAGGAUAAGGAGAACAUCCAACUGAACCAGAUUUAUUUUUUGGACGUAGAAGAAGCUUUGGCCCGAAGAAAUGCUUUUGCUGAUGAUAGAGUCGAUCCAGCAUUAAUGAGAUUGAUGGAAUCUAUUCGGAGAACACAUAAUAGAUAUAUAAAAGCUUAUAAAACUAUGGGAGAUGAAAUCCGACAAAGGAAAACACAAAAUUUGGAGGUGGAAAAUAUAAUAAUAGGAAUGACAAAAGAACCGGUCAUAAAUAUUUUAGCUGCCCAACAAAAUCAGAAUUGGAGACCUGGACAGAGCGAUAUUGCAGCAAUAUUCGAGGGAUCAGAACCUCCAAUGAAGGUUGAUUUGGUCGUCUAUCCCCAUAAGCCUGACGAUCCUGAUCCGAUGAAUCGACGUCAAGAAUUGAAGCUCCUCAAUCCUUUAGCCGACCCGAUGGUGUAUCCUCUAUUAUUCCCAUGCGGCGAUAAUGGCUAUUCCACCGGAAUGAAAUACAACAUCAGAAGAGGCAGAACUGCUGGAAAAACUGUAACCAUUCUCCAAUACUAUCGAUUUAGGCUCUACGUCCGAGAUGUAUUUUCUUCCAUUCACAACGGUGGUAAAUUGUUCCAGCAGUAUAUUGUAGAUGGCUGGGUAAAACACGAAAUGAGUAGGCUGUGGUGGUUAAGACAGAAUCAAAAUGAAUUCAGGAGAACAGCAGAAGAAACUCUACGAAGAUUUAAUCAGAACAGACAGAAUGGGCAUGUUGGUCGAGCUAUCAUCUUACCUUCCGGAUUUCCAGGCGGUGACAGAUACCGUCAAAGGCAGUAUCUAGAUGCAAUGACUGUCGUAGCUAGAUUUGGAAAACCUGAUCUUUUCAUAACCUUCACGUGCAAUCCGAACUGGCCCGAAAUUAAAAACAACCUCUUCAAACAUCAGAAAUGGGAAAAUCGACCAGAUUUGAUUUGUAGAGUUUUUCAAAUGAAACUGCUGGAAUUCAUUAACGACAUCGUUCGAGAUCAACUAUAUGGUGUCGUCAUCAAUAACCAAUAUGUAAUUGAAUUCCAAAAGAGGGGUCUACCACACGCCCAUAUCGUCGUCACAUUCCAUGAAGAUGACAAAUUGAAGGAUGUUGAAAUGGUCGACCGAAUCAUCAAUGCCUAUAUUCCAGAUAGAGAAAAUCAACCCCUACUCUAUCAGCGAGUUGCGGAUUUUCAUCUGCACCCUCCAUGUGGCCGCAUCAAUCCGGAAGCUCCCUGUAUGGCGGAUGGUAAAUGUACCAAGUAUUACCCUAAAUCAUUCAGAGAAAAGACCUCAUUAUAUGUUGGUCGUAAUACGAGACCUGAAUAUAGAAGACCUGCCGAUGGCAGAGAGAUUUUUGUAGCUAAGUGGAACCGCCCCAUCACAAAUCGGAGAGUGGUACCUUAUAAUCCUCAUGCUUUGGCCAAAUAUCAAUGCCAUAUUAACUUUGAAGCCGUAGGUUCCCUACAAACCAUCAAAUAUCUGCAUAAAUAUAUCAAUAAAGGGCCAGAUAAUAUUACUCUCUAUGUAGAUGAGGAAAACACGAAUACAAGAGAGGGUCAACGCAUCGAUGAGAUACAACAAUUCAUCGAUAGCAGAUAUGUCAGUGGUAUGGAGGCAACGUGGAGAACGUUCCAAUUCAGAAUGCAUGGUCGCUCUCAUUCUGUAUUGGUUUUGCCGGUGCAUUUACCAGGAGAAAGGGAAAUCAUUUACAACGAAGAUGAUGAUGUCGGACAAAUCCAACAAAGACUUGAAAAACCUUCCAAAUUAGAGGCAUGGUUUACGUUAAACAGAUCAGACGUAAACGCAAGAAAAUACAAAUAUGCCGAAAUCCCUGAGCAUUAUGUAUGGGAUAAUAAAAAUGUUAAAUGGUACCAACGCUCUCAGGUUAGCAAACAGAUAGGAUGUAUGGUAGAGAUAAGUCCAUCUGAGGCACGCAUCGAAAAAUUCUUUUUACGAAUACUCCCGAAGAGAAUUAGAGGAGCUACGUCCUUUGGCGAUCUGUUAACAACAGAAGAUGGUUCCAGAUGUGAGACUUUUAGAGAAGCUUGCCAAAAACGAAAUUGGCUGAUACAAAAUGACAGCGAAUAUGAAAAGUGUCUGAGGGAAGCGGAACUUCAUCACCAUCCAAGAAAGUUCCGCAAAUUAUUCAGUUUGAUUUGUUCAAUAGCCAUAGAAGAUGAAUUAGCACAAUUAAAAAAAUUGUGGCUUCUCUUCAGGAAAUCCUUGAUGGCAGACUUCAAACAUAAUGGAAUGAGUACUCCUGACGCUGAAAGUGCAUGUUUAAAAGAGCUGAACAAAAGAAUAUCACGAAGUCGACCAAGUAUUUCGUUAGCUGAUCUGGGAAUAGUUCGCCUUUCUGAAGACAAUCACGAAUCCAGCUUUAGCGAGUCGUUCUCGAGCUAA